ACCAGUCUUCUCUUCUUUUCUCCUCUGUCCCAAUUUUCAGUACAGCAUAUCUAAAUUUUAAUUUCGCAUGUAUAAACAUUAAAUAAAAUUAAAAUUAAUGAAAAACCCACCAAAUAAUUCCAAAUCCUUAAAAAAAAAAUGAUCUUUUUCUGAUUUUAAGAUUUUAAAGAUUCAGAGAGACAAAAGGAGGAGUGAGAAAGAGAUUCACCGAAGGUCCAAAACCUCCCAAAUUCAAGCUUACCCUGCACCGACUCGGUUACUAGUCUGUGUGUCUCUGUUGUGUUCUUAUUUCUUUUCUUAUCUAUUAAUAUAGUCACCGUGCAAAUCUGGUAUUUGUUUCUCCUCCUUUUAUCUCUUUGAAAUCUAUUUGAGUUUUGGAGCGUCGUAUUUUUUAUAUGAAUUUUUGUGGGUUUAUUCUAGUUUUUGAAACUAGAAAAUGCAUAGAAUAGAACCCGCAAAACCCUAGUUUUUUUUUUCUUUAGAUUUUAAUUCAUUUCCCAGUUAUAAUUGUAUAUAUGGCGUUUGAUCAGAACUACAUGUCAAAAGAUCUAAGGCAAAUACACGUUGCCAGAAACUUAUCCGAAGAGCCCCGCAUUGCGGCGACUGCUUCUACCACUAGUGUACCUACUAUGGCAACAACCACAGCUGCGAACACUAUCAGAAACCCAGAAAUUUUUGCAAAUCCAGAUGGCUCUGUACCCGUUUAUUACCCAGCAACGGUAUCUGAUGCUGGUUUUAUUGGUCUAGGAUAUGCUAACCCUGUCCCAGGCGUGCCUCCGUGGGCCCAACGCAUACCAUUGCCGAUUGGUAGUGUAAAUGUGGGCGUGAAUGGUCCUGCUGGUGUAGGGUUUGGUUAUAAUCCCAAUUUGGGGAAUAGGGUGGUUAGUAAUGCUGUUGAUCGAGCUGGUAAUGAUUUGGCAACUGGGUUGGGUAAUGUUAAUCAUUUGGGAAAUCGGGUUAAUUUGAAUGGGAGCAAUGAGUUGACAAGUCCUGGAUGUGGUUAUAAUUCCAACUUGGGGAGCCGUGGUAGUGCUAGUGGUAGUGGCAGUGCAGUUGAUCAUGCAAGCGAAGAGGGUGGGGAUGAUUCAGUUUCAGGGAAGAAAGUCAAGUUUUUGUGUAGUUUUGGGGGAAAGAUUUUGCCUAGACCUAGCGAUGGUACGUUAAGAUAUGUUGGAGGGCAAACGAGGAUCAUUAGUUUGAGAAGAGAUGUGAGCUUUAAUGAGCUGGUGCAGAAAAUGGUGGAUACUUACGGCCAACCUGCAGUUAUCAAAUACCAGCUUCCUGAUGAGGAUCUUGAUGCACUGGUAUCAGUUUCUUGUCCUGAUGAUCUUGAUAAUAUGAUGGAUGAGUAUGAGAAGUUGGCUGAGAGAUCUUCUGAUGGGUCAGCUAAAUUAAGGGUGUUUUUGUUUUCUGCUAUGGAGCUUGAUUCAUCUGGCAUGGUGCAAUUUGGGGAUUUACAUGACAGUGGACAAAGAUAUGUUGAUGCAAUAAACGGUAUGGAAGGUGGUUUUGGUGGUAUUGCUAGGAAGGGGAGUAUAACAAGUGCAACUUCAACUCAGAACUCUGAUUUUAGCGUUACUGAGGCAGUUGAUAGCUUAGGUCCUGGUCAAGUGGAUGUGAGUGGGGCACCAACUCCUCAGGACUCUAAUCCAAAAUUUCUGCCUGUGGAACCUAAUCCUGUAUCUACUGUGUCUUCGGGCAUUCCUAUGGUAAAAUCUGUUCCUCCCCAAAAUUUAUCUUCACAGCCUGAGAUUGAAUUUGAGCGGUCUGUACCUGUUACUGUGUCACAACAGCAAGUGGGAUAUGAUUUCCAGCAAGCCGGAAUGGGCAUUCCGCUGUCUGCACCUCACCUGCAGGCAUAUGUGGAUCGUCAGGAAGUUACAAAUAUGCAUCUUCCUACCCAGAUGAGAUUUCCAAAUGCUCAGAUACGAUUCAAUCAACAGCAGAUACCUGACAGUAAUUCAGGUGUUGCCCCUCAUCAGUUUAUUCCUACAGUACAUAUGACAAUGGCACCAGCAUCUUCCCCUUCCCAUGUUGCUAUGAGGCCAACUAUGGUUCAACCAUUAGUGCAACCUCAACAAAAUCAUUUGGAGCACUAUUCUGAUGAAAAUUCAUUUGGCUCAAGGAUUGUUCAGCUUCCUCUCGACCCAAGCUAUAGUGCUUAUCAAAGCCAAUUUUCGACUCCAAUUGUUGGAGGAGGUUAUACGUGGCAUCCAAUUCCGCAGACAGAGCAUGUUGUCUUCUCUGAUGGAUCAAUGCCUCAUCAACAUGUAAUUUUUCCUGAGAAAAUUCAAAGAUUGGAUGACUGCUUUAUGUGUCAAAAAGCUUUGCCUCAUGCUCAUUCGGAUCCUUUGGCACAUGACCAAAGAGAGAGUGGUGUAAGCCCUUUAUCGGAUUCAAACUCGGUACAUCUUAGUCUCCAUUUAGGGGAUGCUACGAAAGUUCAGACUUUUAACCGGGGUAUGGGAGGUUUGGGUGAUGGCAUUGUUGAACAGACUGUUGGGGCUCGACCGUCUGUCCCUAGCCAUGUUGAUCAUCAGAUUGGAUUGAAGCAAUCAGAGCCGGCUAUUUUCUGUCAAAAUCUUGAGUCACUGCAUGAAGAUGAGAGAAGUGCUAUGCAGAAAAGUGACAAUUCAGUGCCUGGUUUCACCGGUGCAGUUACUCAACCUCACCAGGAAGAAUCUAGACAGCAGCAUCUAGUUAUAGGCCAAUAUCGGGUGAACGAGGAGGCGUUAUUUAACAAGCCUAUCAACAGCGAUUCCCCUCAUUUUGCUGGUGCAAUUCAAGGUACAGAACGCAUGGCUCAUGAAUCCCCAGUAGAUUACUCUGGCAAACUACCUCUUAAUGUUUCCAAAGAAAAUAUUGUUGACGCUAAUGUAUCCAAUGACCAGCUGAGCCCAAUUGAGGGGAUGAUGGAAAAUCUCCGGGCAUGCCCACUAGAAAUGACUGGAAGGGAUGCAAUUCUGGAUAACACCUUACACAAACCUCAGGUGGUUCUCGACUCAAAUCAUAUCAAGCAGCCUAAAGUGCUGCCUGUUUCUACAGAAGCUUCAUAUUUGUAUAAUUCUCGACUGAUGGAAUCAUAUGAAGUUGCACAACCGUCCAUUCUGGGUAAUCAAGGACCAUAUCCACAAUCUAAUAUUGGAAUUAAUCUCCUGGAUUCUGAUGAGAUUAGUUAUGGAAACCCUACAUUCCUAGGUGCUGAGACAGCCUACUCGCCUAAUAUGCCAUCUUCCUUGUCAUCAUCUAGUAGACUUGUAGAUGUUCAUGAUUCUCCAAAUUCCCUUUUCAGUAGCCAGGAUCCUUGGAGUCUAAGGCAUGAUGCUCAUCUUCCUCCUCCUAGACCCAACAAAAUUCUUACAAAGAAAGAAACCUUUGAUACUAAGGAUCCUUUCAGUGAGAACUAUUUGAGUAAUGCUGGAGAACUAGUUGCAGGGAGGCUGUUGGGGGAUGGAGUUUCCGAGACACUGAUCAAUGCAAAAAGUGAACAAGAUCAAUCAUUUCAAGUUUCAACAGAGGAACUCAUCAAGCAAGAACUUCAGGCUGUAGCUGAGGAUGUUGUUGCAUCUGUCUUUCAGUCAGUUAAUGUUAGUACUGACUCAUUGGUUGAAAAACAUGAAUCAGCUUGUCAAGACAAGGAAGUUUCUGUUAAAGAUGCGGAAAUGCAUCACAAAGCUAAAUUUGAGGAUAUGAAAAGUAAACUGCCAGAAAAGGUGAGUAUUGGAUUUCCAGUAUCAGAAGGCAUUGGUCGCUUACAGAUUAUAAAAAAUAGUGACCUUGAAGAGCUGCAAGAAUUGGGUUCUGGCACCUUUGGAACUGUGUAUCAUGGGAAGUGGAGGGGUAGUGAUGUUGCAAUUAAACGGAUCAAUGAUAGGUGUUUUGCUGGGAAACCUUCUGAACAAGAUCGAAUGAUAGAAGAUUUCUGGAAUGAGGCAAUUAAACUUGCAGACCUGCACCAUCCAAAUGUGGUUGCUUUCUAUGGUGUUGUGCUUGAUGGUCCUGGACGUUCUGUGGCAACUGUUACAGAAUACAUGGUUAAUGGUUCUUUAAGAAAUGCUUUGCAGAAGAAUGAGAGGAGCCUUGACAAGCGUAAGCGUCUCCUGAUUGCAAUGGAUGUGGCUUUUGGGAUGGAAUAUUUGCAUGGAAAGAACAUAGUACACUUCGAUUUGAAGAGUGACAAUUUACUUGUCAAUCUUCGAGAUCCUCACCGCCCAAUAUGCAAGGUUGGUGAUUUGGGCUUGUCCAAGGUGAAACGUCAAACACUUAUCUCAGGUGGUGUUCGGGGAACACUUCCAUGGAUGGCACCAGAACUUCUUAAUGGCAGCAGUAGUCUUGUUUCUGAGAAGGUUGAUGUGUUCUCAUUUGGUGUUGUGCUGUGGGAACUUCUAACUGGAGAAGAGCCAUAUGCAGACUUGCACUACGGGGCUAUUAUAGGCGGUAUUGUGAGCAACACAUUGCGUCCACCAGUGCCUGAAUCUUGCGACCCAGAAUGGAGAUCAUUAAUGGAAAGAUGCUGGUCAUCCGAGCCAUCAGAGAGACCAAAUUUCACUGAAAUUGCAAAUGCGUUACGUGCAAUGGCCACAAAAAUUCCUCCCAAGGGACAAAACUCAACACAGCAACUCCCUUCAACACAGCCUCAGGUUCAAAGUUGAUUCCAGGCAAGUUUAGCCUUUUGUCUUGUCUAUUCUCGCCAUGUGCGCUUAUCUGGGCUAUAAAAAGACUUGUUUUUAUGCUAAAAAUGUAGUACAGGGAAGAGCCUUUAAUUUUUUAAUUUUUUUAUUUAUUUCCCAAUGUUUUAAAAUAGGAAUCCCAGUUCAUAGAAUUUGUGAAGAAUUAGGUUCUAUCUUUGUUUAAUAUUUGUUCUGUUCUUGGGUUUAUAUAGACUUUACGUGAUUUGUGAAGUGGAUAGGGUAAUUACCUUUGUUUUGUAUGCAAUUUUGGCUAUUUGUCGUCUUCUUGUGAUUAAUAUUUUAACACUUGAAUGUUUUGGUCUAUUAAUAAGGAAAUAUGUUCAACUGUCUUGAACCAA